GUGAUCACCAAGCACCGUGUCUUGUUAUUCACUGUCCUCGCGUGCAAAGCUAUCCUUUGUUCUAGUUCUGAUAUUAUUAUCUCUCAUGUGCACGAGUGUUCUUCCGGAGGCGACAAUAUGUCUAUCACUCCGUUGAAUGCCUUGCGGGUCUCGAAACAUCAAAUCCCCGCUUACGAAGGUAUCCCAAACACCUCCAUACAAGGCAAGCCCCUCAUGAUAUACCACGGUGUCUUUGCAGACCCCAAUCCUUCAACUAUCGAAUCUCACCUCAAAUCCGUCGGGGUCGUCUCUCCACAAUGGAGAUACACCAUGUUCAGCGAAACGCACUUUCACUCAACCACUCAUGAAGUUCUCAGCAUUGCUUCGGGGUCAGCAAAGUGCUGCUUUGGAGGUGAGAAGAAUGAAGGCCGAGUGGAACCCGUUCUUGAGCAAGGUGAUGUCGUAGUCGUCCCUGCUGGCGUCGGUCAUCGGUUACUCGAGGAUUAUGGCGGCUUCCAAAUGGUUGGCUCUUAUGAGAAGGGCAGGACAUGGGAUAUGUGUUACGGGAAGCCUGGGGAGGAGGAGCAGGUCAAGCAGAUCGGAAGCUUGGGAUGGUUCAAGCGCGACCCGGUCUACGGCGACGAAGGCCCAAGUCUGAAAGUAUGAGGAUGUUGCCAAAGCUGUAUUGUCGAGAAAGACUAAAAGUAUAUGUCGAGCCUUUAAUGAUGCUGGGCAGUCCUCCGCUGGCAUAAAUCAUGCCAUGGGAAGACUCGGCACAAAACAGGUUUAAAUUUUG